AUGGGUUGCAUGAUGAAUUUGCACACGGCUGGCGCAUCACUUUGGUUCCCCAGUCCAAGUGAAGGCCACAGGAAGGAGGCUGGGUUUUGCUAUUUUCCCCAUCACCAUCGCCGUCGCCCACGUCAUCAUUCUUCUUUCUCUUGCGGUGACUUUCGACCCCCUCUCGCUUCACACACCAUCCAUUCCCAUUCUCUGACUGUGACCAAUGAAGCGCUGAAUGUUAUGAUUUCUGGUGCUCCCGCUUCUGGUAAAGGAACCCAGUGCCACCUCAUCGCCAACAAGUACGGUUUGGUGCAUAUUGCUGCUGGAGAUUUACUUAGGGCAGAAAUUGCCACCGGAAGUGAAAAUGGAAAGCGAGCCAAAGAAUACAUGGAGAAGGGACAGUUGGUCCCUGACGAAAUUGUUGUCAUGAUGGUCAAGGAUCGUCUCUUGAAACCAGAUUCUAAAGAAAAUGGUUGGCUUUUGGAUGGUUAUCCCAGGAGCUUAUCUCAGGCCACUGCACUUAAGGGAUUUGGGUUUGAGCCUCAUACUUUUCUUCUUCUAGAGGUUUCUGAAGAUGUGCUGGUGGAGAGAGUAGUUGGACGGAGAUUAGAUCCUGUUACCGGGAAGAUAUAUCACUUGAAGUAUUCUCCUCCAGAGACAGAAGAAAUAGCUGCAAGGCUUACCCAACGCUUCGAUGAUACUGAAGAAAAGGUGAAGUUGCGGUUGAACACCCAUCAUCAAAAUGUGGAGUCAGUCCUUUCCUUGUAUAAAGAUAUAACUGUUAAGAUUGAUGGAAAUGUCUCAAAGGAGGAAGUAUUUGCACAAAUUGAUAGUGUACUGACAAGUCUUGUAGAGAAAAGGAAGGCUGCUUCAGGAUCUGUUGUAGCAUAG